AUGAAGAACGCCUACUGCGAGGACGGAGGAAUACAACUUGAAGGCUUCCAAAUCGUGGAAACUUCGUCAUACGUAUACCUCGGACGUUCUAUGAACAUGGAAAACGACUUGAAGAAAGAAGUGGAUAUAAGAAUGAGAACAGCAUUGGCAGCAUUCGCACCCGUCAGGGAAGCUACGGACCAAAUGACGGACCAAGACCUUCGUGCCCAUCUGUUCGACUCGACAGUUCUUCCAGCGCUGUUACGCGGCGGAGACGUGGGCAGAUACCGCUGUCACGUCUAG